GCUGGUCGUGGAUCCCUCCCCCAGGUUUCAUACAGGUUGCAUUCACUCGCUCUCUGGAUCUGCAGCAUAUCAACAGGCAGGAGAGGUUUGCUUCUGACAGUGACUGACGGAAGUAUUUCCCGUUUCAUUUUUUCACGGAGUGAGGUACAAGGUCACUAUGGGUACCAGCUCCUCAUCAUACGCCCCCAAGACAGUCUACCUAGAUGUGGAUGGGAAAAUGCAGAAGGUGAUUUUCAGUCGAUACUGCAGCCCCUGUGACAUCCGAGAACUGCUGUGUUCUUCCUCUAACAUAGCCAGAAAUACUGCUAUAAGGCUGGUGGACUCGGAGGGAGCGCUGGUCUCCAUCGAUCCCACAAUGCCUACCAACACCCCAAACUCCCAGUACAAGGUAAUGCCUCAGUCGACUGGUCAGGUGGGAGACAAAGAAGACAUGUUCCAGAAUGUUUUGUCUCAGGUGGCAGAGCAAUUUAGCAGGGCUUUUAGAAUCAAUGAGUUGAAGACAGAGGUGACCAAUAGGCUUGCCAUGUUGGAGAAGAGAGUGGAGUUAGAGGGGCUUAAAAUGGUGGAGAUUGAGAAGUGCAAGAACGACCUGAGGAAAUUACGGGAUGAGAUGACCUCAAAGGGAGGAGGAAGAGUGACUUGUGGUUGCAAAUAUAGCUUCACAGAGGACGGCAAGAAACUCUCCCCAAGACGAGACGUUCCAAAUUACCCAAAGUAUACUCUAUCCCAGGAGACCAUAGAAGCUCUGAAGAAACCUACAUUUGAUGUUUGGCAUUGGGAGCACAAUGAGAUGUUAAGCUGUCUGGAGUACAUGUAUCAUGAUCUGGGCCUGGUGAAGGAAUUUAAUAUGAACCCCAUCACACUGAAACGAUGGCUGCUGGGAAUCCAGGAGAAUUACCGCAACAACCCGUUCCAUAACUUCCGCCACUGCUUCUGUGUCAGUCAGAUGAUGUAUGGAAUGAUUCACUUGUGCAACUUACAAGAGAGGCUCACCAUGACUGACAUGUGCAUCCUCAUGACAGCUGCCGUGUGUCACGACCUAGAUCACCCAGGCUACAACAACACGUACCAGAUAAACGCUCACACAGAGCUGGCGGUGCGCUACAACGACAUCUCGCCCCUGGAGAACCAUCACUGUGCCGUGGCCUUCCAGAUCAUCUCCAUGCCAGAGUGUAACAUCUUCGCCAACAUAGAAACGGAAGCCUUCAAACACCUCAGACAGGCUAUCAUCACUCUCAUCUUAGCCACAGAUAUGGCCAGACACGGUGAGAUACUGGACUCCUUCAAGCAGAACGUGGACAACUUUGACUUCACCAACCACAAGCAUGUGACAUGUCUAAAGCUGGUGUUGAUCAAGUGCUGCGACAUCUCCAAUGAGGUGAGACCCACGGAGGUGGCCGAGCCCUGGCUAGACUGCCUGCUGGAGGAAUACUUUAUGCAGAGUGACAGAGAGAAAUCUGAGGGUCUCCCAGUUGCUCCGUUCAUGGAUCGGGACAAAGUGACCAAACCCACCGCUCAGAUUGGCUUCAUCAAAUUCGUCCUCAUUCCCAUGUUUGAGACUGUUAUGAAGCUUUUUCCCCAGAUUGAGGAGAUUAUGGUGCAGCCUUUGCGGGAUUCUCGAGACCACUAUGAAGAACUUAAACAGAUUGACGAUGCCAUGACUGAGGUAAAACCCUUCUCCUCACACCUCGUUGACCUCAAGAAUCGAGGUCAAUCUCAUUUACAUUGUAUGUUAAAAAUAAAUGAAAUAAACAUGGAAUACAUUAUGGCUGACUCAUUAUACAGACUCUUGAGAAAAAAAAACAAUAGAGAACAUGGGCAUUUGUAGUUAAAAUUGUGUUUCAUUAUUUUCCUGAAUUGACUGAAGUUAAGCUGAAUGUGUCAUGCCCAUUGAAAAUGGGGGUCCUUUUAUACAUUUGUUUGCUGAAAAUACAAAAUAAAUGUUUCUUCAAUGCAUAAUUAACUCAAAGAUAUCAAAUGUGGCCAUCAGUUCCCCCUUGAAAGAAUUAAGUGCAUGACACCUCUGCCUCAUCAUUGCUUUCCUUUUAUUGUGUGCAGAUGCGGUAUGUCCUGUUAUAAGGCACUACUACAGCAGCGUAGUGAUGAUAAUAACUGGCUCAGGGGUGAAGUUUCCCCUAUGUGCAGAUCGAGACUCAGCUUCCUCAAUACUAACCUUAGCACUAGUGGGGAAACUUUUAAACUGACCCAAGAUCAGCGGCUAGGGGUAACUUCACCCAAUAACUGUGGCCUUAGUCCUUAGACUAUCUACCAGCUUUAUUACUCUAUAAAAUCCCUCCACCGCCAUCUUGUGUUAACAUAAAGGUGUCUUUUGUUCUACAAGGCACAGAAGAAAAAAACUGAGAGCAAGUCAUUAGGAGGAAAGAAGAAAUAAACUUUUCCUGCAAACUCAUUGGUACCUUGUAAGUUUAAACGUUAGAUAGAUGUGACGUGCUCUCCUCUUUCACUCUCUGACCAAACUUUAUCCCACUAAUGAUGUAGUUUACGUUUAUCCCAACAUGAAGGAUAUUUAGAGGGGGACCUGAUCCUAAAUGAACACUUCUACUCUGAGACAUGCAGCCCAUACAGCAUUAGUAGGCCCUAGACUGGUUUCAAUAGUAAGUGUCAUGUGCCAUCUAGUGGUAAUACCAGUGUUACCAUAUGGUUAUUAGGCUUCAGAUUAAGUAAAUGUAUGAACUUCACAGGCUUGUGAAAGUGCACAGGGAUUUUGAUACUGCUUUACAAUAAAUAUUGAGGGUCUUAUUCUACUGAUAUGAUGAUCGAUGCUUGACAUCCAUUUGACAAAUAAACAUUCUCGCUCUUAUCCAUAAUAAUCUUGUCAGGUAAACGCAGGUGCCUAGACCAGAGUAGGCACAUUUGCUAUUUAACGGAACUUUUAUUUUGACAAAACUAUCAGUAGAAUUUCAAAAUGCAAUGGAAACACAUUGAACUUCAGAUUUGUAUUCGGUUCAUGAAAAUGUAUUUUUGUGUCACCACGGAAAGCCCAAACCCCUGCUCAUGCAAACCUGGUGAUUAGAUGGUCUUGUGUAGAUUAUAUUUUCAACCAGAAACUAUCAGGAAAUAACACUGAUGUAUGUUUUUCCAAUGAGGAAACCAAUGUUUGUUUAAUCAGCUCUUGUACAAUAUGAUACACAACAAAUGUAAUUGUGACUGAACUGGGCUUUUAAAUAAUAAUAAUAAUAAUAAUAUAUGCCAUUUAGCAGACGCUUUUAUCCAAAGCGACUUAGUCAUGUGUGCGUAUUGCUGAUUUAUCAUAUGAUUGAUAUUGUUAUGACAUUCUAUAAAAGGUAAAGCUUUUAUACUAACUAUUUUAGAAGGCAUAUUGACAUGGCUGUUCUAUUGUAGAGAAGUGUGUGUGUGUGUGUGUGUGUGUGUGUGUGUGUGUGUGUGUGUGUGUGUGUGUGUGUGUGUGUGUGUGUGUGUGUGUGUGUGUGUGUGUGUGUGUGUGUGUGUGUGUGUGUGUGUGUGUGUGUGUGUAAUAGGUCUACCUCACCCCACCCCUCUCUUUUGACACCUAGUUCUGUGUGACCUUUGGUACUAUCUCCAGCAGAUGCAUAUUAUGCAAUAUUUUCCUCUUAUCCUGUUCUCCUCAUUUGACCCUUGACCUGAAGUAGAAAUAAUCCAGGAUCACAACUCUGGGGGCUGAGAUCUGUUGUCCUAAUCAUGUACUUUCCUCCCCCUUGAAUUGCAUGUGUUGAUAUGUCAGCGGUGGCUGGUGUCACUUUAAAUCGAACAUCUAACAUUCCAUUCAAGCCAUUGCUAUGAGCCGUCUUCCCUUUACCAACCUCCACUGUUAAAUGUAUUAUCUGUAUAUUAAUCGGCCUUUGAAUAAGAUCCCAUUGAUGGAUGGCUAUGUCGAAAACGCCUCACUUUACAAUGUAGAUCUUCUGUUGUUCAUAAUGAUAGUCUUAUCACACAAUAACCCUCAUUCCCAAUUAACUGGUUAUGCCCACCUCUGUUUUCUGGCUUUAGAGACCUCGGAUGGUGUUUCCAUUCCGAGGGGGAAGCAAGGCGUCUGCCUGAGCCUGAGCAACCGUCUUGGCUUGGUUUUGGCCAUAGAAAGGGAGACUCCUCCCCUAAUACCACAACUUCCUGUAGUUAUAUAGUUAUGUAGCCAGCCCAGGCAAGUAGGGUGGAGAAAAAUACAAAUUAACCAAUCAGCACCUUCCCUCUCUCCUUAGCCCCUCCCAACAUAAAGUGAGAAGAGGAGAGAAGACGGCAGUGAUAUUGUUUGACCUUAGGGGUGACAACACUGGGGCUGGUUUUGUUUCUUCUUGUUACUUUUGCACAAGGUUUUCUUUUGGUAGAGAAGGAUGAAACAUUUAGGGACAAAUAUGAAGAGAUUGUGUCUUCUAAAUUAGUAUGCGAGGUAGGUUAAAUAAUAGUAUUUAUAAUAUGGAUAGUAUUUACAAAGGGCUUUUCAUUGUAUGGGCCUAACGUGUACUGUACCUCAGCCACCUUAUGGGAAUUUUAAAGACAAAGUUGGAGAUUAGGGACAUAUAGCAGGUCGGAAGUAUUUUAACUGAGCCAGUUUUGUAGAAACCACUACAUGAUUUACAGUGAAGGGACAAAUACAUUUCUACCAGUGUAUAUUUUGACACGUGCGUGUAUGACUUUGCAUAUCAAAUUAAAUUGCAAUAUUUAUUGGCCGAUCAUCUCGAAGAUGUCUUUAUUUUAAACUUGCGUCUCCUGAGAAACUGUAGAGGUCAGUGUGUGACAACUAUUACACUACAUUUUAUUUCUCCACCUGCUGGUUAUUUGGGACACCUUUUCCGUUCUGAGGCCUAACUAAGACCUUUUAUCACACUAGUUUUCCUCUUGAAAAGUAGUUAUCCAUCAUUAUCAACCUGGUCUCUCAUACAUACUAUACACACAAACACCCAGAAGCAAUAGCCAGCUGCAAAACAUUCACAAUGCGGAGUGAUAUAACAUCACAACUUUAUAUAUCAGGGAUCAGCAACUAGAUUAAGCCGUGGGAUGUUUUUUUUCUUGAGAGAUGUUCAGGGGGCCAGAAAAUAAAUACAAAUAAUUAUGCAGACUGAAAAUUGACCUCAAGAAGCCCAAAAAAUAUAACAUUAGACUAAAACAUCAUUUCAAACCUUGCUUAAAUGUGUAUACCAUCACAUAAAUCCAAUCAAAAUCCAAUUAAAUGGUAUUUGUCACAUGCUUCGUAAACAACAGUUGUAGACUAACAAUGCAGAAAGAAAGAAAAAUAGAGAAACAAUAGAAUAAAAAAAUGACACUAAAUAGUAAAAGUUAUAAUAAUAUACAAUGAGUAACGAUAACUUGGCUUAACACUGUAGUGUUCACGAUACCAACCUUGUAUUAAUGAUACAAUACCAGGCCAAAGAAAUAAUAGAAAAGUAACAACACUUAAUAAUAUGCUAUGAGUAAUGAUAACGUCACUAUACACUCACUAUAUCUCUUUAUUAUGUGUAGGAAUACUUUGUAAAAGAUUUCCAAAAUUAAAAUGACUGGUAGUUCUGUUGCCGUCCUGGUCGGCCUUGCUGACCUCGUCGAUGUGGAAGACCUAGCCAUUGAGGGCGGAGGAGAAGGCGGAGGCCAGGCGCUGGGCCUGGCAGUGCAAUGUCUUCUUCGCCUUGCUGUCAGCAUCAAGAUGACCGGCUCUGAGGGCUGGGCAGUCUGGAGGUGCCUCCCCAGGUGGAUUGUACUCCUCAGAGCGCUGGCUGGGGAAACACCUUUGUCACACUCUCCAUCUC